CCUGAUCCAGAUGACUGGACCAUCUUCUAUGCCUUCCAUGCGUACCUCAAACAAACGUUCCCUCUGGUGCACUCCCAUUUGAAGGUUGAGACUGUCAACACCUAUUCUCUCGUGUAUACGUGGGAGGGAGUAGACCCAAGCCUGAAGCCGUUGCUCCUUACUGCUCAUCAAGACGUUGUCCCUAUCUCAGAGCAAACUAAGGACGAUUGGAAACACCCGCCUUUUGAAGGCCAUUACGACGGUGAAAAGCUGUGGGGCCGUGGUGCCGCUGAUGAUAAAAACAUGCUGAUUGCAAUCAUGUCAUCUGUUGAACAGUUGCUGGAAGAGGGAUACACCACGAAGCGUACUGUGCUCUUAGCUUUUGGACACGACGAGGAAGCUGGUGGUGCAAGAGGUGCUGCUCAUAUUGCAAAGUUCCUGGAGGAGAGAUAUGGUCAAGACUCUGUCUAUGCACUGCUAGACGAAGGCACUGGACUAAGUUAUAUCGGUGGUAAGAUGUUUGCCAUUCCAAGUGUUGGAGAGAAAGGUGCCACAACGCUUUACAUCACCUUAACCGCACCUGGAGGUCAUUCAUCCGUGCCUCCAAAGCAUACCGCCAUUGGCAUUGUUUCACAGGCGAUCACCGUUAUCGAGAACAAUCCGUUUGCAUCAGAACUUACCGUUGAAUCUCCAGCCUUGGGCAUGUUGCAAUGCAUUGCCAAACAUACCGACCAAAUCCCACUGUGGUUGAAGAAGAACAUCUUUAAAGCCGCCUACGAUGCCGUUGCCAACUCAAAGGUGUUGGAAUUCAUGGCAAGAAAGCCGCUUUAUGACACCUUUGUCAGAACAACACAGGCCAUUGACGUGAUCAACGGGGGUGUCAAGUCGAAUGCACUUCCGGAAAGUGUGUCGUUUGUCAUCAACACACGUAUCAACGCCGGUACAACGGUGAAGCAGGUUGUUGAUAAGAUCUUGGGUAAUAUCGUCGAGGUUGCAGAGCAGCACAAGCUGGGAGUGUUCUUAGGCGAUGAGGAGGUCUUGCCAUCGUCGCCUUUCGGCAACUUCAAGAUCGAGUGGGACCGUCAGCUGGAGCCGGCGCCAAUCUCUCCAAUGGACGAUAACACCUGGGACAUCUUCGCGGGCUCUGUCAAGCACAUUGUUGACGAGUACUCUUAUCCUCAGCUGGCACCUUCCAUCGUGACUGGAAACCUGUUGAUGGGCAACACCGACACCAACCGCUACUGGAAUCUGACAAACCAUAUCUACAGAUUCGAGAUGACAACCUACACGAUGAAAGAAGGCAUCCACACCGUCAACGAGUACGUUCUGUUCAACGACCAUCUGAGCGAGAUCGCCUUCUUGUACGAGUACGUGAAGAGCAUCAACGACUUUGCUACCGCACCUUAGUCCAUGUGCCUACCAUCCACUAAUGUUCCAGUAUUGGCGCCAUCUAUAAACCACACGAACUAAUACAAACAUCCUCUCAGCAUGCUAUCUCUACUGU